AUGUCUACUCGACAAGAUGCUGCCGUGACACGGCCUCGCUCGCGCCGCUCUCUUGCUCAUGUUCCGCGGUCUAGAAUGACGUCUACUCUGGACAAGGAGAAUGCGACAACCGACAUCGCGACAUCGUCUGGUACAAAUGCCAGGGCUAGCUCAAAGGAAAAAAAGUCUCGUAGCAAGAGUCUUGGACCAGGAGGACUAGAUGCUCUACAACACUCUAACGGUAACCGUCGGAAGUCGACUGCAUCGUUUCCCUUGAAGUCUAUCUUAAAACCCACGGUACCUGUGUCACCAGUACGAAAUAUUCCUUCGUUCGAGGAAACCCGCCGGCGAACUACCUCCCGCGACGCGCCAACCCAUGCCACCAACAAAGAUAGCGAUCAAAAGGCAAACCAAGAUCUACCUAUUGAUUUCUCAACACCAGCGCAACCUACAAGUACAGAUAAUAGGCAACUCAACACCCCAUUUGAUACAUUCAAUGCGACAUCACUCAUUCGUGACGAAAUGGCCGCAACAAAAGAGCGCGAUGAGAAGGAGCGUCGGGAACGCGAACGCCAGACGAUCCUCGAAAAGCGAGAGGCCCGGCGAAAGUCAAUGGCCAACCGCCGUGUUUCGUUCGCCCCUGAGGCGACUCUUCAUACCUGGAACGUCAUCGAGAUACCUGAAGAUGCAACUUCAUCGUCAACGUCGAAUUCAACGCGGCGGGCAUCUACGGCUGCAAGACAACAAGAUGAAAACUCCGCUUCAUCACAUAGUGCAGAACAACCAUCUUCUCCAGACGAUGUCGAAUCGGAAUUUGGGUUCUCACCCGUGCGGGAGCAAGAACUUCAGCAAAUGAGGAGUAAUUCAAUCCCCGACGUGGGCGAUGACAUGCCUCAGCCUUUAUCUUCGAGCCCUUUCAGCGGAAGCUCUGCAGUGAGUGAAGAUACUGGAAUCCAUAGUGUUGCCGAAGAAAUUGAGGAUGAAGAUUCCGCCGAAUCCGAGGACGGAUUUGAUGCCGAUAGCACUGCCAUGAGCAUGGAUGAUAUGACGGCUCGGUCUUCUGCAUCUCUGCAAUCAAAUGUUUCAUCUAGCUCUACUUCCAGUGCCCGACUCAACGAUGCGUUGCGUCGUGCCGCUGAAGAAGCUGGUACCCGAGGGAUCGAAGAAACGGGUGAAGUUUCGAUGGAAAUAGUUGACCAAGAAAUCACCGGUGCUUUCCAGCCCUGGAUAAAGAAGGGUCAAAGGCAGAGCUUCGACUGGGAUGACUUGAGUGCUCGGCAUGAUCAAGAUAUCGCUAAUCCUGAUAAGCCUGUUGCGGCCUUUGACGCCCUUCCCUCGGAUGACACGAUGGACGAUGAUGUGGAUGAGGAGCUGAGUAUGGAUGUGACAAAUGUUGUCGGUGGUAUCCUUGGAAGACCUCUAGGUCGCCGGUCAAGCGCUGCCAGCCGCAAAUCUUUUGGACAGGAAACAAAUUACGGUGAUCAAACUAUGGAAAUGACGACCAUGGUAGGUGGCAUUGCUCCUGCGCAGUCACCUGCACAACGAUCCAACCUCGAAGAUGAGAACGAAGAGAUGACGAUGGAAUUCACUUCGGUUGUUGGUGGUGUCCUGAGUAAAAGCCAACCACCCCACGUACAGCGGGAUGAGUCUGUACUCCCCAACUCAAACCACUCGACUACAGACCAGGACCUGCUUUCCGACGAUGACUCCGACAAAGAGAUGGACAUGACUGGUGCUGUCGGGGGUAUUCUGUCAUCUGGGUUAGAAACUCCCGACAAGGCGAAGGCCAAGAGAAUCAUGGAGCUCGAGGCCGAAUCUGGCCAGUUGGGAAGUUCGCCGUUUGGAGACAAUACCACGCAGCAAUCUCCGACACAAGCUGUCGCUGCAUCGCCUCCAUUGCUGCAAAUUGCGACAAUUGCUUCAGAGAGCGGCAGCCCUAGCUUAGCAAGCGUUAAAGCGCGACGCUCGUCGAGGAGAUCUUCAAUAAUUAGGGCCUCGAAAACCCCAGAACCCGCAUCAUAUCAGCCAAUACUCUCUGAGAGACCAUCCACGCCCUCGCAAGAGCUGACUCCGCAAGCCCGACCAACCACGCCCAGCAAAACCCCACCCUCUGCCAAUGUUGUGUACCGGAGCGCCUCUCCUAAGAAGCUGUUCAAGCCAGAAAUCAAAAAAUCUGCCCUGAACCAGAACUCACCUCGACUGAGUAUCUUUGAGCAAGACGUCUCCACGGGCCAAUCGACUCCUCGUAUUGUUCUUCAACCACGCGAGGGGCGCCGUGCCUCUGGUGUAGGCAUUGACAAAGAAGGCCUUGGAUCACCACGAGUCGCAGCACUUCUUGAUAAACGAUUAUCACUUGGUGAGAAGACGCCGCAAUUCAUCCCUCAAGAAAGAGUUCGCCCUGGUGGAGUGCGUUUCGAGGAUCCCCUCAAAAUGCAGGAAGACGAGGAACGGGAGCGGAAACAGGAAGAGCUCAAACAGGACGGAAAUGCAUCUUCGAACGAUAACAUAACCAAUGAUCCUACUUCAAGCUUGAAAGAGCUCAUUUCUCGAAUGACUCCUAAGAAAGGCAAGGUUGGCAGCCGGAAAAGCCUGCAUGUUGGCGCCGCCCGUGGACUGCUGGGCAAGCGUCCGGCUGAACUGGAUUCUGACGAAGAGGAGACCGAUAAUUCACCCAAGCGACUGCGCGGUCAUUCUGUGAGUCCAGUCAAAAGUGUGCGACUGCCUCCUCCAAGCUACCAGAGUGCAGAUGGCCGGACAGGUCAAUCUCCACUUCGGAGAGUGCAAAGCUCUUCUCCGCUCAAAGGCAGCACCACUCCGACACACGAGCCAACGGCCAGUGUUGAUGAUGGAACGACGCCCUUGAAGAGGGGAAUCGACGCUUUGCGUCUUGCUUCCGACCCUCAAGUGCCGAAUCAAGAACAAGGAGAGAACGACGCCGAUGAUUCUGAUGGAGCCGAGAGCGUAGAGCCCAUUCAGCUUCAAGAUUUCCUCAACAUGACCAAUAUUCACUUCAUGGAACUGACUACCACGAAAAGACGACAUACAACUGCACCGGGCAGCGCCACUAAGAGAUUGAGCAGAGCCUCACUAGAGAGCAAGGCCAAACAAGGUGCAAUCACUUUUGAUGAUCGCGUCGCCGCUGGUUUCUGCACGGUACCUAUGCUGGAGCUAUACCAACACUCCUGCCGUGAAUUGAAGUCCUAUAUCUCAGAGGGUCGCCAAGUGAUUCGAUCUAUCGAAUCUGAGACAUACGCCGACAAUCCGCCUCUCUUCCGUGAAUAUAUGAACGCUCCACCUGAUAUUCGGGUCAUCAUGGACAACCAAUUCCGCAAUGUGAAAACGCACGCUCGUCUCCUAAGCAAAGCUACGUGGUACGAGUGGCGCAUGAAGCUUCUCGAUGGCCUGAAGGAAGGGCUGCACCGACACGUGAAGGACAUGAAAGCAGAUGAUGAGAUCUUGUCUAAGCGAGAGACACUACUCAACGGCACAGUGCCUCCAUUAGUGGAAAAGCACGCCUCUCUUCAGGGGGAGGCAGAGAGCCUACAGCAACGCAUCGAGGAGAUGGAGAACUGCGACCAAGAUGAGCUGCAAGGUGCACGUAAAACCCUUUUGUCUGUUGAGGAAGAGAUAGCAGCGAAGAAGCGAGAACUUGAAGAGUUGCAGGCCGAGGCGCAGGAGAAAUCCACCAUCAUUGAAGAUGGAAAUGAAAGACGUAACCAGUACCUGGCUCAAAUUCAAGAAGCGGAGCGGGUCAAGGAAGAGUGUCGCGGCUGGAUUGCCCGGGACAUACGCGAGCUGAAGGCUUCGGUGCAAAAGAUGGAGCAGCAGACUGGCUGGUCAAUUCUUUCGGCCUCGGCUUCGGCGAAGUCAAUUAUCGCGUCACGGCUGAGCAUGGUAUACCGGCAGCAGUUGAACCUCGAAUUUUGCCCGAGCGUCUUUGCCGCAAGGAAGGCCGGUGCCGAAACGGCCGAGCAGACAGUAGAAUUGAACUUUGUCAAAGCCACGGCAGUGUCCCCGGUUGCGUCUCUAGUCCUGCAAUCUUUACGGCAGCACCUUGCCGCUAUCCAGCUGUCUGCCGUCACUCCAAAACAGCUUCUCAAGUUCAUUUCCAGCGCCUGGGAUCGAACUGACAGUCUCGAGAAGGAAGCUCGCAUGCUUGAUUUCUGUGGUCUCACGCGCCUAACCCUCUCUGAACCGACCGCAGCCUUUCCAUUCUUACGCGCUCGCUGCACCCUCCUCGACCAAACGAUGAAAUCUUCCGGGUCAGAUCGUAAGAAAACUACGGGGCGAGAAAGUGCCGCGAAGCGCGUCGAUGUGGACUUCACUAUUCGCACCCGAAUCGAUACCCAGAUCAAGGAAGUGGGCUCGAUCGGAUCACUCGACUUUGACAUUGACGUCGUCGCUACAAAAGUCUAUGGUUUCGGUGCCGCCAACGAGUCUGGUCUCUCAGGGAAAGAAAUGCAGAGCAUUCUUAACAAAGGAAUCCUCAAAGACGGCGGGAUGUCUCUCGGGAACGGGACGUGGUUGCAGGCAGUGCAGAGCCUGACAGAGUCUGUCUUUUAA